AGGCUCUGAGCUGUCAGCACAGAGCCCGACGUGGGGCUCAAACUCACGAACUGUGAGAUCAUGACCUGAGCCGAAGUCGGACGCUCAACCGACUGAGCCACCCAGGCGCCCCUAGAAGUGUUGCUUUUAUCUAGUCGUACAUUUCCGGGAAUAGCUGCAUCUUAAAGUUCUUGGGAUUCAAGGAGCAACGUACACAAAACCCUGGCAGGACGCCUGCUGCACUGUGGGCACUCAGCUCCUGGACUUCUCUCCCUGGGCUUGUCCGUUCCGAUCCCAAUCCCAUGGGAACCUUAAAUUUAAUACGGCCCAAACUGAGUUCAGCAUCUCGGGCUUCCUCCCUCCAUGCCCCUCCCUCUUUAUCAUUCCCUCUUGCUAUGGACAGUACCAGCAACCCAUGAGUCUUCUUACCCCUGCCUUUAUACCCCCACCUUUGGCUAAAGCAGUUAAGUCCUGGACUCCGGUUACACAUCAGGAAAUCACAAGGUCUAAUGCUACACACGGCGGCAGUCCUUGAAGUCCUUUGUCAUCCCAGACAGACCAAGAAAAUGGCAUUUGAACCGAGACCUGAAUGAAACAAGGGACAAGCCUGCUGACCAGCCUCCCCCGAAAUGUGUAUAGUACUUCGUGAAUCCCACGCUCUUUGCGAGGCGCCAGCCUGGCCGAGGAUAUUUCCGCCCCCUCCCCAAGCCUGAGGCGGAGGCGGUUUCGGAACGUCAGGUGCCCAGACCCGCGGCGGGCGGCGCCAGGGGGCGCCAGAAGCAGACGACCGUGCAUCGCUGGGCAGGCGGGCGCGCGGGGUACCGAAGGGGGUCCCGCCUCGCCUGGGGCUCCCUGCGCCCGCCCCCGGCAAUCCGCCGCGGGGCGAUCGGAGCAGCGCCCGCGGCCGGGCCUCCGAGCGGCCCCCGCCCGGCCCCCAGCGCCACGCGGCGCGAGCCCCGCCAGCCCCGGCGCACCUGCUCGGGGCGUGGCCUCCGGCGAAGGCGCGCCUCGAUUGGCGCCGAGGUGACAAAGGGGCGUGGCAUCCUUCGACCACGCCCCUCCAGAGGCUGGAGUACUUAAAGGAGUUGGCGGCGCGUCUCCACUCAGAGCGCAGCGGCACGGCCUCGCGGGUGGAGUGCCUCGCGACCCCUGUGCGAACCGGCGACCCCCGGCUGCUUUGGCCACCAUGCCGCGCUCUUUCCUCGUCAGGAAGUCCGCCUGCUCCCGCCGGAGGCCCAACUACAGCGAGCUGCACGACUCUUCCCCAGAGUUUGCCUUCCAGCAGCCCUACGACCAGGCCCACCUGCUGGCGGCCAUCCCGCCUCCCGAGGUCCUCAACCCCACGGCCUCUCUGCCCACGCUCAUCUGGGACUCUCUCCUGGCGCCCCAAGCCCAGCCCAUCGGCUGGGCCGCCCUUCUGCCCCAGGAGGUCCCCAAGGCCGCGGAGCUGACCUCCCUGUCGGACGACGACAGCGGGAAAGGCUCGCAGCCGCCCAGCCCCCCCUCGCCGGCCCCUUCGUCCUUCUCCUCCACCUCGGCCUCUUCCCUGGAGGCCGAGGGUUACGUUGCCUUCCCAGGCCUGGGCCGGUUGCCCGCGCAGCUGGCCGGGCUCUCCGUGGCCAAGGACUCCCAGACUCGCAAGGCCUUCAGCUGCAAGUACUGCAACAAGGAAUACCUCAGCCUGGGCGCCCUCAAGAUGCACAUCCGCAGCCACACGCUGCCCUGCGUCUGUGGCACGUGCGGGAAGGCCUUCUCCAGGCCCUGGCUGCUGCAGGGCCACGUGCGGACCCACACCGGAGAGAAGCCCUUUUCCUGCUCCCACUGCAGCCGAGCCUUCGCCGACCGCUCCAACCUUCGGGCCCACCUCCAGACCCACUCGGAUGUCAAGAAGUAUCAGUGCAAGACGUGCUCCCGAACCUUUUCCCGCAUGUCCCUGCUGCACAAGCACCAAGAGUCAGGCUGCUCGGGGGGCCCCCGCUGACCCUCAAAGCUCCUUCUGCCUCUCCAGACCCUCCCCGGGCCAUUGCGGCCUCCAUCCUUCCAACUGCCACGGAAUUCCCUUCUGAGCUCCCCCUUUUGGCUGCGUUUGGCCCGCAGGACUCCGAGGACCUUUUUCCGGUUCUCUCUGCCCUGGUGCCUCGGUGGGCUCUGAGAGAGGCCUUCCCGUGGACGUUUCUGUGAACGGCUGGUGGGGAGGGUGGCUUGCAGCCAAGUGUUCUGGAGUUGGCCUCUCUGUGUGGGUUUGUGUAUCCAAAGGUGUUUGGAUACAGCUGCUUUGAGCUCCGGGACAAAAGCAGACAGACUGAUAGGAAGCUCCCCCCACUCAGGGGAACCCACUCCUCCCCCACCCGGAACCCUCAGGCCACCCCUCCAGGAGGUGUGACUAACUGCGCAGGUUCACCCCCAGGGCCUGUGGGGGCGGUCACUGACACAAGGACUGGUCUGGACCCCAGGUUGCCCCCCAGGCCUGGGCAGCUAUUUCAGCCUCCUGUUUGUCAUGGUGGCACCUGUUUCAUGGGCAAUUUAACAACGUCUCAAAAGAGACUGUGAGUAAUUGCUGUCACUUGUUGGGGGCCCGAGUGGGGUGCUUCAGCCUGACCGAUGUGUCUCCCAGAACUAUUUUUGGGGUCUGACAGGUGGGCCUGGGAGGAAGAUGUUUACAUUUUUAAAGGUACACUGGUAUUUAUAUUGCAAGCAACAUUUUGUACUAAGGAAACGUUUUGUAUAGUUAUAUGUACAGUUUAUUGAUAUUCAAUAAAGUGGUUAAUUUAUGUAUUAA